UGAAACAGUGAAACGAAAGGUCCUACCCACUGGAAACAGCAACCCCCCUGUACCCAGCAGCCUAGACUAGGCUGCUUAGCAACUGCCUGCUAGGUGCCUACCGUAACUUUGAGGUGUGGAAUUACCUUGGUUCGGAGUCUAAGCGAUUUGAGGCACAAUCACCAACACAACGGAUGCAACGCUCCAGAUCGGUGGAAACUAGACUUAUUAAGUGUGCGGGAUAAAGUUUUAUUGAGAAUUUGUAAGCCGCUAAGAGAAAUUCGUGUAGCCGGAUAUUCAUGGGAAUCGCAAUCGCAUCCAAAGAAUGCAAUUCUGCGACCCAAGCCACAAUUAUAUCAUUCUGUUUGUCAGCAGAAAAUAUACCACCGCACACCACUGAUUUCUAAUUGACUUAUGUCGAUGCCUUGUUGUCCAUUGGUAGACAAGCCAGGUAGAUAAUAUAAAUAUAAAUAGGUAGUGAAGAAGACCUCUGUUUUCUUCCGACUCAAGCUCCAACCAGUUCUCAAAAAUGUCUUCCCAAAAAGCUCUUGUCAUUCAGCCCGAAAAGGUCGCGGCAGUGAUCCCCGAUGCUCCCAUCCCCAAGGUUCGUCCUGGCUUCGUCAAAGUUAAGACUGUCGCCGUAGCUCUCAAUCCUACCGACUGGAAGCACAUCGAUGGAUACGGUGCCCCUGGCUGCUUUGUGGGCUGCGACUAUGCCGGUAUCGUAGAGGAAGUUGGUCCCAACGUAACCAAGUCGUUGAAAGUCGGCGAUAAGAUCGCUGGCUUUGUUCAUGGUGGAAACUCUGAUAGGAAGGAUGAUGGUGCCUUCGCUGAACACAUUGUGGCACAUUCCAACAUUGCCAUCAAAGUCCCCGAUAACCUCCCAAUAGAGGAAGCGGCGACGUUAGGUGUGGGUGUCACUACCGCUGGUCAAGGACUCUACCAAUCACUCGGACUCCCCUGGCCUAACGCGCCGGCCAAGAAAUCGUUCCCAAUUCUAAUCUACGGAGGUAGCACCGCCACCGGCACACUUGCAAUCCAGUACGCGAAGCUUUCUGGUCUCCAAGUCGUCACCACUUGCUCGCCCCGUAACUUCGAUCUCGUCAAGAGUCUUGGCGCAGACCACGUUUUCGACUACAAUUCGCCCACUGUAGGAGCCGAUAUCCUGAAAGUCACCAACGGCGAGAUCGCCCACGUCUUUGAUUGCAUCUCCGAAGGCUCCUCUCCCGCCAUAUCGGCUGAGGCGAUCGGUCCUAAGGGUGGCAAAUAUAGCGCUCUUCUACCGGUCGAGUUUCCUCGAAAGGAUGUUACCUCUGCCAUGACUCUGGGCUACGUGGCUAUUGGCGAGACGUUUUCCAAGUUUGGUGUGGAAUGGAAGGCUACCCCUGAGGACUUCGAGUUUGCUUCGAAAUUCUGGAGUCUUACCGAAGAUCUGUUUGCCCAGGGUAAACUAAAGGCCCACCCAGUUAGUCUUCGUGAAGGUGGCCUGGAGGGGAUCCUUGGAGGUCUAGACGAGAUGAGACAGGGCAAAGUCAGCGGAAAGAAGUUGGUCUACAAGAUUUGAUAUUUAGGGGGGCUUAUAAUGAAAUCAAUCAAUUGUAUAGAUAUCGAGUUUUGAUUUCCAUCGGAUGUUUGAUCGACUCAGACGGCAGUAUCCUCUAGAUUAUCUUGAUG